AUGGCUCUACGCGUAUUAUUCGUGACCGCCGCGCUCGUCGCCGGCGGCGAUGCUGUAUAUAGUCGCGAGCGAGAUCGACUGCGUGCUGACCCCCGCUUACUUGACCGUGCUUGUGAAUUAAGCUCCUGUUACCCUGCUACCGGUAACCUACUUAUCGGACGCGAAUCCCGACUCUCCGCAACAUCCACGUGUGGUUUACAUGGACGCGAACGAUACUGCAUUGUAUCGUAUCUCGACGACAGACUCAGAAAAGAAAGGGAAACAUGCUUCACUUGCGACUCAACGAACAAAACGAUUCACAAACCCGAUGAAAAUCAUCGAAUACAGAACAUUAUUUAUAAAUUUUAUCCUGGCACAAGAUACAGAUCAUGGUGGCAAUCCGAAAAUGGAAAAGAAAAUGUUUCAAUUCGACUAGAUAUGGAAGCGGAAUUUCACCUUACCCAUUUAAUAAUUCAAUUUAAAACUUUUCGUCCCGCUGCAAUGUUGGUGGAGCGGUCUUUCGACUUUGGUAAGACAUGGCGUGUUUAUAGAUAUUUCGCACACAACUGCGCCGAAUCCUUCCCGUUAGUCCCUAGACAUUCACAGCGAAGCUUAACAGAAGUUGUAUGUGAUUCUCGUUAUUCAGGUGUCUCUCCUUCUACUGAGGGAGAAGUGAUAUUUAGAGUGUUACCGUCGAAUAUAAAUGUGACAAAUCCCUAUUCGGAAGAAGUGCAAAGUUUGUUGCGAAUGACCAAUCUUAGAAUUAACUUUACAAAGUUGCAUACACUAGGCGAUGAUCACCUCGAUAACAGAGCGGAAAUAAAGUUUAAAUAUUAUUAUGCCAUUUAUGAAAUGACAGUGCGCGGAUCAUGUUCCUGUUACGGCCAUGCAUCGCGAUGUUUGCCUAUGCCUGGAGUGGAAUCGAAAAAUAAUAUGGUACAUGGUCGCUGUGAAUGCACACAUAACACCAGAGGAUUAAAUUGUGAGUACUGUGAAGAUUUUUACAACGAUUUACCUUGGCAACCAGCUAUUGGAAGAACUUCUAAUGCUUGUAAAAGAUGUACAUGUAAUAAUCACGCAACAACAUGCCACUUUGAUCCAGCAGUUUAUAACAAAACUGGAAAAAUAAGUGGUGGUGUAUGUGACAAUUGUCAACACAAUACAAUGGGUGUUAAUUGUGAACGAUGUCGACCUACAUUUUACAAGGACCCUAGUUUAGACAUCCAAAGUCCAGACAUAUGUAAACCAUGCGAUUGCGACCCAGAAGGUACAACAGACAGGGAAGUUUUGUGUGAUGAUGAGACAGAUCCUGUAAAUAAUAAAACUGCCGGUCGUUGUAUGUGUAAAGCUAAUAUCGACGGAGCAAGAUGUGAUAGAUGCAAAGAUGGCUAUUGGAAUUUCGACCCUCUUAACCCUGAAGGUUGUGAAGCAUGCACUUGUAAUAGUUUAGGCACAAUCAACGAAAGGGGCUGCGAUGCCGCAACAGGUAACUGCUUCUGUAAACGUCACGUCACUGGAAGAAAUUGUGAUCAGUGCCUUCCAGAAUUUUAUGGUCUUUCGGAUAGUGACGACGGUUGCCUACCGUGUGAUUGUGAUGUUGGUGGUUCAAUAGAUAGGGAUUGUGAUGUGAUAACAGGCCAAUGCAAAUGUCGUCCAAACGUUACCGGUCGCCGAUGUGAUACACCAAUACAAAACUUUUUUGUUGGUGCCCUUGAUGCUAUUGUUGUUGAAGCUGAGUCAAGCCAGUGUGAUUCUCAAAUAGACGAUAACGCAAUUCAAAGUCAGCUGUGUCACGUUGUAAUACGAGAAAACUUCCCGGAUGGCCGAAAAGAAACAUGGACUGGUCCAGGUUUCAUGAAAAUACCGGAAAGUAGUACGCUAGUUUUUAAGAUAAAUAAUUUAAAAACAAGUAUGAAUUAUAAUGUUUUAAUUAGAUACGAACCCCAGACCCCCAUGAAUUGGGAAGAGGCCACAAUAUUUGUAAGAAGACCUGUGCCUGUAGAUACUGACUCACCGUGUGCAAAUAUACGCCCCGAAGAUGACACUAUCAAUACAUAUUUACCAGCAACUCAACGUAGCGUUCUUGUCAAACCACCUCUAUGCUUAGAAAAGAAUAAAGAAACUGAAAUUCGUAUAUACUUAGGACGUCAAGAUGGCCGCUCCUCCAACUCUAGAGCAUCUAUUUUGAUUGACUCAAUCGCUCUGAUACCAUCUAUUGACGAUUUGCCUUUCUUAGCAAAUGGAAGUUACAUGAGAGAUGAAUUUGAACGUUUCAACUGUGGUGAUUCAUAUUAUUAUGAUCUUAAUAGAGAAAAUAUUCCUGAGGUUUGCAAAAAGUACCAUGCCAGUAUAGGAUUUUACAUAAGAAACGGUUCAGAGUCAUGUCAAUGUGAUCCAACGGGUUCUAAAAGUCACCAAUGUGAUCCGUAUACUGGACAUUGUCAGUGCGUGGAAAAUAUUGUUGGCGCUAGAUGUGAUCGCUGCGCUCCUGGUACAUACGGAUUUAGUAAGUUUGGAUGCAAGCGCUGUGAUUGUAACAGUAUUGGAUCGCUUGAUAAUUUCUGUGAUGCUACAAGUGGACAAUGUAAAUGUAGGGCGAACACUUACGGUCGGGCAUGUGAUUUAUGUCAACCUGGCUAUUUCAAUUUUCCAAAUUGUCAACAAUGUGAUUGCAAUGGUCACGCAGUUGAAUGCGACGAUAAGACUGGUGCUUGCAAAGAAUGUAGAGAUUAUACCGAAGGUCACCGGUGCGAAAGAUGUAUUGAUGGAUAUUAUGGUGAUCCAAGACUUGGUGUCGAUAUUCCCUGCCGACCAUGUCCUUGCCCUGGUGUUACAGGUGAUCCAAACAAGGGUAGUCAUGCUGACCGCUGUGAGCUAGAUCCUGAAACAAAAGAUGUAGUUUGUGAUUGUAAAGAAGGUUACGCCGGACUUCUAUGUGAUGUAUGUGCCGACAACUAUUAUGGCGAUCCUGUCAAAGGAACCUGUGAUAAAUGUGAGUGCAAUGAAAACAUCGAUAUUACAAAACCCGGAAACUGUGACCCAUAUACUGGAGUAUGCUUACAGUGCUUACACAAUACAGCUGGUGACCAUUGUGAACUUUGUCAAGAUGGAUACUAUGGUAACGCAAUAGAAAAAGCAUGUUAUAAAUGUAACUGCUCAGAACUAGGAACAAACUUUACCCAGGGUAACUGUGAUGGCAUAACAGGACAGUGUCCUUGCUACAAAAACGUUAUGGGAAUAAAUUGUGAUCAAUGUACGGAAAACCAUUGGAGAAUAGCUCUGGGCACGGGCUGUGAUCCAUGUGAAUGUGAUCCUAUUGGAUCAUUGUCUCCACAGUGUAACCCGUAUAUAGGUAAAUGUGACUGUAAGCCAGGGCAUGGUGGAAGGCAAUGCGAUCAGUGUCAAGAAAAUCACUGGGGUAAUCCAAAUAUAGAAUGUCAUGAGUGUGAAUGUGACUUAUAUGGGUCUGUAUCGCAACAAUGCAUGCGAGAAAAUGGGUCAUGUAUAUGCAAGGCAGGUAUUGGCGGAUAUAAAUGUGACGUUUGCGCCCGCGGAUAUCUUGGUGAUGCUCCUCGAUGUUAUGCUUGUGGUGAAUGUUUUGACAACUGGGAUCGAAUAAUUGGAGACUUACGUAUUCAGACAGAAUACGCUAUUGGCAAUGCUAGUAAGAUAAAAAUUGUUGGAGCAACAGGAGCGUACACAAGGGAUUUUGAAGAAAUGACUAAAAAACUAUCUGAUGUAGAAAAUACUCUUAAAAGUGCUAAACAGGGACAAAGUACAGUUAAAGAUCUGUUAUCAAAUAUCACUAGUCUACAAAGUCAAUUAACCCAAGCUGAGAAAAAAGUGAAAGAAAGCAACGAUAAUCUAAAUGAUAUCACAUCUAAAAUUAAUUUAGGUAAUGUGACUUUGGAUGGCCUUAGGUCCAGCAUUGAACAACUUAAAACCAAAACAAAUGAUUUAAGUAAUAACGCAACGAAAUUACAAGAAGCUAAUUUAGAGGGAGCUUUGAACUUGACACGUGAAGCCAAGCAAAGAGCUUCUAAAGCAGCGGAUGAGGCAGAAAGUGUGCAAACAAUUAUUGCUGAUACGGAUCGACAAAUAAAAAAUACUGACAGAUUAAUAGAACUUCAGUAUUCAAACUUCAAUAAUACUCAAAGUGAAAAUGACAAAAAACUUGAUGAUUUACAAGAACAGCUUCUAGAAUUGGAGUCACAAAUACCUAAAAUUAAUGAAAAAAUGUGUGGACAAGAAAGUGAUACUUGCGAUAUUUGUGGUGGAGCAGGAUGUGGAAAAUGUGGCGGUAUAUCAUGUGAUCAAGGUGCAAUAACUAAAGCAGAACAAGCACUUGAUUUUGCCAAUAAAACCGAACAUAGAAUAAAAGAUCAUGAACUUACGGCUGAAGACAUGUUUAGAUCAAUAUCUCAAGUGAAACAAGAUACAGUUGCAGUGCGAUCUCGAGGCAAAGACUUACUAAAUAGAGCUAAGGAUUUUAAAUUAUCAGUUGAAAGAGUCACUAACGAUAGUCAAGAAUUGACAUCAGAAUUAAAAGAAUUUUUGUCAAACACUUCUAAUACUCCAGCGGACGUGAGAACUUUGGCCAACGAUAUCUUGAAUUUAUCUAUACGAAUUGAACCUAAAGAAAUCACUGAAUUAUCACAACGUAUUAAUUCUACUGUUUCACAGCUUACCAACAUCGAAAAUAUUAUAACGGAAACAAAACCUGAUCUAGAAAGAGCAAAAGCUCUUAAACAAAACGCUACUGCCGUCAGUAGUGCUGCUAAUUUGACUCUUGAAAUGGCUAAUAAAGUUUUAGAAGCAUUGGAUGAGGCUCAAGCAGCACAGGAUGCAGCCGAAAAUGCAAUUGAGAAAGCAAAUAGUGACAUUGAAGCAGCUAAAAGUGAUUUGAUUCCAAUAGCAUCUGAAACCGAACAAGCUCAAAAGAAAGCUAACGAGACCAUGGACGAAGUAGAAGGGCUUCGUUUACGGUUAUCAGAUUUACAGAAAAAUAUUUUAAAGAUUGAAAGUGACGCUGAACAAGUGAAAGAAGAGGCUAAUGAUGUCGUUAAUCGAGCUGAAGUGGCUGAGCAAAAAGCCAGGCAACUUAGGCAGGACUUUAAACAAACGAAUAUGUCUCUUGCAGAACGUGCAAGUCAAACAUUGAAUUCUAGAGAAAGGGCACAGUUGUUAUUAAACCGAGCUACCAAACUUGCUAGUGACACUCAAAUGCAAUUAAAGCUAUUAGCUAAUAUGGAAGAAUUAUAUAACGAUCAUAAUGAGCAACUUAACUCAUUAGAGAAAGGAAUCGGCGACCUCAAUACACAAAUGAAUUAUUACUUGUCCGAAAUCACAAAGCGAUCAGAUUACUACAGGUGGUUGUACUUAGAGCCAAUUUUGUGCAACGACGACAGUGAGCUUGGAGUGAGGUUUCGCAAAGUGGACCAGGGCUUCAGACAAGUAGCGCGUAUACUUGACUCCGAUCCACGUAUUUCCGCUCUGCUGCAAUCGACGAGACUUCAACCAACACUCGACUCCAUAUCGGAACAGCUUAAUGCUUGCCAAUCAGCACUAAACAUAUAUAUAGAUGAAAAGCGAUCAGUUUUCCCCAGAUUGUAUUUCCUAAGCGAUGAUGACUUACUGGAAUUGCUAGGACAGGCUAGAGACGGCGCCGACGGCAGGGAAAUUGUAAUACAAUCGCAUCUUAAAAAACUUUUUCCUGGUAUAACUAGUGUGCGGCUUGGACCUUCCGGAAUAUCCAUCACAGCGCUUUGUAGUCACUAUGGGGAGAUUUUUCAACUUGAUCAUCCCGUUGAUAUUGAUUGUUCUGUGGAAGUAUGGCUAAAGAAUCUUGAAAGCGAGAUACGCUCAUCAUUGAAAAAUUUAACGCUAAAAUGCAUAGAGAAUGACAACAUACAGAGUCAGGAUCCGUUUUCGCUACCUACGCAGAUACUUUGCUUGGCGCAAAAUAUUCGUUUCACCGAGCAAGCUGAGAAAGCUAUUUCCUCUAAGGAACUGUAUAAAUUAAAAGCAAAUGUGGAAAAAGAAAACAUGUAUUACGCAUCAGCUGAGGCCGAGGAUGAGAGCGAGAAGCAGAAACGACAGGCUCUCAUACUUCAAUGCGCUCAUUACGAAUCCGUAGUUGAGACCUUGAUUGAAAAUAACGUUACUUCGACGAAUGAUUGGCUUUGGCAAAAGCAGCUCAGAUUUUAUUUGUUAAAAACAAAAGAAAUAGUAGCGGAGAUGGGACUGGCUCGAAUAUCAUACUCGUACGAAUACCUAGGCGUAAACACCGGACAGUUCGUACGGACGGAAUUGGCUGACGAGUGUUUUCUAAUAUUGACUCAGUCCGUACAUCUCGGUUUAAUGGGUAAUCCAUUUGGCCCCGCUGGGACUGGAAAAACAGAAUCCGUUAAAGCACUAGGCGGCUUGCUGGGGCGACUUGUGCUGGUGUUUAAUUGCGACGAGGCAAUGGACGUCGAAUGCAUGGGACGGCUGCUAACGGGGCUGGCGCUUUCGGGCGCGUGGGGUUGCUUCGACGAGUUCAACCGGCUGUCGAGUGCCACGCUGGCCGCCGUGUCGCACCAGCUUGCGUCGCUGCUGGCUGCAAUACGCCAGGGCUCCGACACUCAGCGCAUCGCCCUUCUUAACGGAAAACAGGUGGCGGUGUCGGCGUGGUGCGGCGUGGCGGGCACGCUGAACCCGGCGGCGCGCGGCUACGGCGGGCGGCGCGCGCUGCCGGCGGCGCUGCGGCGCCUGGCGCUGGCCGCGAGCGCGCGCGCGCCGCCCGCCGCGCUGCUGGCGGCGCGCCUGCUCGCCGCGCGCUGCCUGCCCGCGCCAACACUCCUCGCACGCGACCUGCACGCAGUCUUUGAUCUGGCGAGGCGACGGCACUACGACUGGGGGCUGCGUGCGCUGAAGGCGGCCGUCGGCAGCUGCGGCGCGCUGCGCGCCGGCCCCGAGCCGCAGCUGCGCGCCGCGCUGCGCCGCCUGCUGCGCCUCAACAACACCUCCAAGCUCACCCAACACGACGCGCAAACAUUUGAGAACAUAUUGUCGUUGGUAUUCGCCGGGGUGCCAGAGGAGGAGUCAACAGUCGAUCUUAUUUGCACUGCUUUGGAAUCCUCAGUUCAGGAGCUCGGGCUGUUUUAUAACAAAGAUCAGAUCCAAAAAUGUAUGCAGCUAUAUGAGCAGAUGCGACAAAGAAUGGGUGUUGCAAUAGUUGGCCCUCCCGGCUCUGGAAAAUCUACUAUUAGGCGUUUGCUUAAAACUGCGCUCACACAGCAAGGAAAGAACGUGGUGGAGUAUGUAAUAUACCCAAAAGCGAUGAGCCGCGACUGCCUGCUGGGACACAUCGACCACGAUACGAGACAGUGGAGCGACGGAGUUAUAUCUACCGUCGCUCUUGAGGUCUCCAAUCAACCUGAUGAUGUGUGGUCGUGGGUGGUGUGCGACGGGGACGUGGAGCCGGAGUGGGUGGAGGCGCUGAACUCGGUGCUGGACGACAACCGGCUGCUGACGCUGCCGUCGGGCGGCCGCGUGCACCUCGCCGCGCGCGUCAACUUCCUCUUCGAGACCCACAGCCUGCACCACGCCUCGCCCGCCACUGUCUCUCGCUUGGGAAUCAUACUGCUCAGGUGA